AUGAGCAUCACUUUUCAUAACUUAUGGCUACUUUUAACAGUGUUAUGCACCGCAGGUAUUCGUGCUGACGCAAGUAAGGAGGAGUGUCCGGAUAAGGGAUCUUAUCCGGCAGCCGAGGACGUACUUGUAUUGUGUCGUGUGGCGGAACAACUUCGAGGGUUACCGGAUACAGUGAGUUCUGCUCUUGUUAAUGCCGCUACUGCUUCGAGUAAAGCAUUUGAAGCAAAGGUACAAGCAGAGGAAGCUGUGGAACUUGCCGAGUCGAAAGGCCUAAACGUUACGAAAGCGAAGGAAGCUGCUGUGAGAGCAACACUCGCUGCUGAAGCUGCGGCUACGGCUGCAAGUAAUGUGGAAAUUAACGCUGCAAAUAUUGCUGCGGUGCCGUGGCUUGAACGAAGACAAAAUGUGGGUUGGCAGAAGCUUGCGAAGUGUAUAGACUUAGAUAUGGACAUGCGGGAAGCAGCAAGGGUGUGUAGAAGGGCAGCAGACAACGUGACAGCCCAAUCCCUCACUGCGGCGCUGAAGGAUUUGGAGAAGGUUUAUACUGAUGUGAGUACUAGAGAAGCCUUACGGAAGGAAACCGUUGAGUUCCAUAAAGAGCUCGCGUCUUUAGAGGAGCAUGUCGAAGAGGCUGUCCGUGCACAAAAACGGGCUGAGGAUGCAGCUGCAUAUGCGAAUCAAACAGUCGGUACAAAUACGGGACCAGUUGUGAAUUCCGUUGCAUCACCUGAAGGGUCAGUGCUGCUACUGAUAGCUGGACUGUUUCUCGGUUCUGUACUGUAA